UGGAGUGGUGAAGAGGUGAAAAUAAAAUACAGGUAGAUAGUUUAACGCUAUGUAUCUAUUGAUGGCUGGUUUGCCCAAGUACCAAAGAGCCAAGCUCAGAGAUCACCAAGGAUUUUACAGUUCACCUCUGAGCUACAAAUAUUCUCUUCUAUUAAAGCCAUUAUCCUCCUUUUCGUUCUUUGACUAUUCUAGGUUGAGAGGAGCGGUCCAGAAGACCUUGCAAAUCCUGUGCGGUGCUGGGAAACAGUUUAGAGGGAUCCCGAGCCAGGGACCUGGCAACAGCUCCCCAGCCAUGUUCUCGGGUGCGAGAGGCCCAAAGCCCCUCAUUGCGGUCUGCCAGGUGACGUCGACGCCAGACCGAGAACGCAACUGGGUGGCUUGUUCGCAGCUGGUCCGAGAGGCCACUCGGCGGGAUGCUUGCGUUGUCUUUCUCCCGGAAGCCUUUGACUUCAUUGGCAGCUGCACGGAAGAGACCCUCAGCUUGGCGGAGCCCUUGGAGGGGGAUUAUCUUCAGCGCUAUGUCAGCCUGGCCAGGGAAUGUGGAGUGUGGUUGUCUCUUGGAGGUUUCCACGAGAAGGGCAAAGAUUGGGAGAGCACGCGGCGGAUCUACAACUGCCACCUACUUGUGGAUGCCACAGGUAAUGAAAUGUCCUUAAAUUAGGUGGGGGGUUUUCCCCCCCCCCACUCCCCCAAUAUUCCUGCACCGAGAGAGCACAGCCACAAGGGUGCUGAGUCAGAUUGGACUCAAACAUGCGACAAACAGUUGCAAGAACUGGGCCUGGCUAGUCUAGGGAAGAGAAGGACCA